UCUGCAGUCUCAUCUGACAACAUGGUAUUCAAGGCAUUUGUUCUGGCCGCCCUUGUGGUCGUCGCCAUCGCCCGUCCAGAUAGCCCGCCUACCUAUGGCUACUCUGCUCCCACACCCUCUUACGCACCCGCAAAGUACGACUUCAACUACGCCGUCAACGACCCAGCAUCUGGCAACGACUUCGGACACCAGGAAGCCCGUGAUGGCGACCACACACAGGGAUCCUACUACGUCCUUCUUCCCGACGGUCGUCUGCAGAAGGUCACCUACACCGUCAACGGAGACUCCGGUUACGUGGCCGAUGUCACGUACGAGGGUGAAGCCCAGUACCCACAAGCCACUUAUGGGCCUCCUCAACCCUCCUACAAACCACCCACCCCUUCCUAUGCUUAGUUAUGAAUGGAAGUAUUUAUUGUGUAAAAUAAAGACUAAAUCACAAAUUUAA